GUUAAUUUUCUUCUGCGUACAGAAAUGCUUUUGGCUAUCACGGAUUUUCUCCGUGGUGGCAAGAUGGGGGAAUAGAAUACGGCUUCUCACCCUCGCGUGGGUGUCGCCGGUGACCAUGCCAUCCCAAUUGUCUCCAGUGACGCGCUCUCACGCAAUCUUCUCCCAGAAAAAGUGGAAGCUGAACACUCAUCAACAAUGUUCGACUCAACCUGCUGCAUCGCAAGUUCCAUCCGAGAUGCUGGUGUCAUUGAGUAUCGAAGGUCUUGAGAAGGAGGAACAAGAAGCCUUGAAUAGGAAGCGGUCAGCUUGUAGCCUUCGAGUGUCGAAGUCCAACACGGUGACACCGUCAGCAGAUUCCCUCGCUUCCUUCACAUCUCCAAAGAAAGAUGUUACUUUAUGCAAGUAUUGCGUGUCUCCAAUAGCCCCGUCGCUUCCGCAAAAGGUUCUCAAGACUUCGAAGGUGUGUCAGAAGCUGUCGUUUGAUGACAGUGGACAAGAAACUCUCCGUGAUGCGCCUCGUUCUUCGGCUUUUGAUAUCAUCAAGUUCAGUCCUGCUCUGCAGAAAUAUUUUGUUGACAACUCUCCUCCGCUGGUUGGCGGUAUUACGCCGCCGAAGAUCAGCCCUGAAAAUGAUAAGCUCGGUUCAAAUGUGUCUCAUCUAAGUGGAGAAUUGGAGAUAUCCGGUUGCACACCUCCUUCAGCGACAUCCACACCCGGUAGAAAAAGGACAGCUCACGUAUACAGAAACUUGUUUCUUAGUCCUCGAAGAACAUCUGCUCGAUUGGCUACAAAGGCCGCUUCCUCGACAAACUGUGACAGGCUUCUCGUUGCCCCUCCAAAGCCCAUUGAGACUGCUCAAGUCGUCAAUCAUGAUAUCAUAUCCAGACUCUCGCAGACUGGAAACUACAAGAUAUUCUCCUACUUAACCGGAGAUGACCUAUGCGCCGUAUCAUGUGUUUCAAAUGUUUGGUCUCGGAGUGUUCGUGAAGACUUCCCAGCAUUCACUCGUCGAAGAGAAUUCUUGAGAGUCAAACGCAUAUGGCUGAAUUCUCCUGACAUAGAGAACAGUAGAAUGCUGCGAGGUUAUUUGCGAUCACCGAGUACUUUAAGGCCUCGAACAACUGAAGAACUGAGAGACUACAUGGAGAAAGCUCGGCUGAGCGUUCCAUCGUCUGCCCAAAACACAUCGAGGCGAUCCGGCAUUACUCCUUUACACAUCUCCAAUUUGAGAUCGCCGUUGAGAGGGGCAAAUACUCAUCCGAGAGCACUUCCGUCAAAUGAGGCCCGUUUUUGGGAAUUCCAUAAUCUUUCGCUGAUGGAAUCUGAAAUUACCAGAAGUGCGGUCGAAGUUGCUCUCAUCUUCGGCAAGAGAGAAUUCUCGCCUCCGCAAGAAAUUCUGACUUGCGAGGUUUUCUUUUCUUCGCAAGUACGAUUCAAGAAUCCACUCGUAGACUACGGAUGUCCGUGGUGCUCGUCACCAGCUCGAAUUCCUCGCGCGGGCAUUAUGGCUACGUGCACUAAAUCUUCCUGCGGUCACACGUUUUGUCCACAUUGUCUGACAGAAUCGCCGACGAAAUGUUGCCGCACGCGUAGCGUUUCCGAAGAGGGUUCUUUGCGUUCGUGGGGAUCGGCCCCGUCCAUCGGAUCUCGCUCGAGUAAACGUAACUUGCGUCGUCUCAUGGACAAGUGA